GCCUAUUUUAACUUUCUUGCAUUCAUUUCAUGUGUCUUAUUUUUUUCACUCUCAUUUCUUUCUUUCUUUCUUUCUUUUUUCUGUAGAAACAGACAUGAACCAAACUCAAGAAGAUCACUUAUAGACCAUAAAUACGAAUAACUCAAUAAAAAUCACCCCAUUAGAGUGAACACUGCUGCCGCAGCUUUUACAUGACACUACUUUUAUGCAAAACUCCGAAUAUUUUCAAGGCGUUUAGCUCGCAUAAUAACACGAUGUCAUAAUGAUUUCAUGUCUUCAAACUGUUUAUGCAACAAGUAAAAAACAAAAAAAAAAGUAUAUAAACCAAACCACUUUUUACUGUAUUUUUUUAUCUUAUAUAUAAUUCAACAUGCCUAACCCUAGUAUUCCCUCUGAUGUCGUUCCUGCUCAAGUCGUUGGUGGCAUGAGAGUCAAGCAACCCAACCAUCAUAACCACAUGCAUGCCAUGAAGAAUGAAGACAAGACAAAAGAAGAAGAACAUGAACAAGAACAAGAAAAUUCUGAGGAACAAGAACGUAUGCGUCUCCGUAUCCUUCAAGAAAGACAAGCUCAAGAUAUGCAAAACCAUACUGCUUCUCGUCAACAUGAUGUCUCUAAAAACGCUGGUAAUCAUGUCAAACAACAAUUCAACACUGGCAUUCAACCCAGAUCUAUGAACCAUUAAAUUGUACAUAUAAUAAAUAAUAAUAGGAGAGAAGUAUUUAAAACCAUUUAACUCCUAAAAUUGAAUGAUUGUCUAAAAUGGGCGUUAUUAUGAUUUUCUUUCUUUCUCUUUUCUUUUUUUUUCUCAUC